AAGAUUAUCAUAAGUUAUUCAAAAUUAAACACUUUGAGUAAAAAUGGCGAACUGGCCAUUGACAUCUUUUUUGUUACUAAUUUCCAGUUUGAUGUUUAUUGAAGCAAUUGAAUAUUCGGAUGACGAAGAAAUAAGACAAUUUGAAAACUGUAAGAAGACAAAAUAUACUGAUAUUGCUCAUUUGAAAUAUUUAAAAUUAGUUCAUGAAAAUAGAUGCGUAUUGAACAAAGAUACAACAAGACAAGCUGCUGCUAAUGGGUUCUUAGAAUGUUUAAAAUAUGCACAUGAAUAUGGCUGUCCAUGGGAUCAAAGUACAACAGACGCAGCUGCUACUAAUGGUCAUUUAGAAUGCUUAAAAUAUGCACAUAAAAAUGAAUGUCCGUGGGAUGAAAACACUUCAGAAGCAGCUGCUUCGAGUGGUCAUUUAGAAAUUUUAAAAUAUGUACAUGAAAAUGGCUGUCCUUGGAAUGAAAAAACAUCAGAAGCAGCUGCAUAUGGUGGUCAUUUAGAAUGCUUAAAAUAUGCUCAUGAAAAUGAAUGUCCAUGGGAUCAAAGUACAACAAACGCAGCUGCUACUAAUGGUCAUUUAGAAUGCUUAAAAUAUGCACAUAAAAAUGAAUGUCCAUGGGAUGAAAACACUUCAGAAGCAGCUGCUUCAAGUGGUCAUUUAGAAAUUUUAAAAUAUAUACAUGAAAAUGGCUGUCCUUGGAAUGAAAACACAACAGAAGCAGCUGCAUUUAAUGGUCAUUUGGAAUGCUUAAAAUAUGCUCAUGAAAAUGAAUGUCCAUGGGAUCAAGGUACAACAGAAGCAGCUGCUACUAAAGGUCAUUUAAAUUGCUUAAAAUAUGCUAUUAACAAUAGUUGUAAAUGGGAUGAAAGAACAACAAUAACAGCUGCACAAAGUGGUAAUAUAGAAAUUUUAAAAUACGCAUAUGAUAAUGGAUGCCCGUGGGAUGAAAGAACAACAGCAGCAGCUGCUUAUGGUGGUAAUUUGGAAUGCUUGAAAUAUGCUCAUGAAAAAAGGUGUAAAUGGGAUGCAAAAACAACAACAAAAGCUGCAUAUAAAGGAAAUUUAGUAAUUUUAAAAUAUGCACAUGAAAAUGGAUGUCCGUGGGAUAGAAGAACAACAGAAGCAGCAGCAUCUAGUGGCAAUUUAAACUGCUUAAAAUAUGCUCAUAAAAAUGCAUGUCCUUGGGAUGAAAGAACAACAACAAAAGCUGCGUAUAAAGGAAAUUUAGAAAUUUUAAAAUAUGCACAUGAAAAUGGAUGUCCAUGGGAUGAAAGAACAACAGCAGCAGCUGCUUAUGGUGGUAAUUUGGAAUGCUUGAAAUAUGCUCAUGAAAAAAGGUGUAAAUGGGAUGCAAAAACAACAACAAAAGCUGCAUAUAAAGGAAAUUUAGUAAUUUUAAAAUAUGCACAUGAAAAUGGAUGUCCGUGGGAUGGAAGAACAACAGAAGCAGCAGUUUCUAAUGGCAAUUUAAACUGCUUAAAUUAUGCUCAUAAAAAUGCAUGUCCUUGGGAUGAAAGAACAACAACAAAAGCUGCGUAUAAAGGAAAUUUAGAAAUUUUAAAAUAUGCACAUGAAAAUGGAUGUCCGUGGGAUGGAAGAACAACAGAAGCAGCAGUUUCUAAUGGCAAUUUAAACUGCUUAAAUUAUGCUCAUAAAAAUGCAUGUCCUUGGGAUGAAAGAACAACAACAAAAGCUGCGUAUAAAGGAAAUUUAGAAAUUUUAAAAUAUGCACAUGAUAAUGGAUGCCCGUGGAAUGAAAGAACAACAGAAGCAGCUGCUUCUAGUGGUAAUUUGGAAUGCUUAAAAUAUGCUCAUGAAUAUGGAUGUAAAUGGGAUGAAUGUACUACAAGAAUAGCUGCACAAAAUGGUAAUAUAAAAAUUUUAAAAUAUGCACAUGAAAAAGGAUGUCCGUGGAAUGUAAGAACAACAGAAGCAGCUGCUUUUAGUGGUAAUUUAGAAUGUUUAAAAUAUGUCCACGAAAAUGGAUGUAUUUGGAGUAACAGUAUUAUACGUAACUCUAUUGCAAAUGAUAAUUUACUGUGUUUGAAAUAUGCUCAUGAAAAUGGGUGUGAAUGGGUUGAUGGCGCAAUUUUAGUUGCUGUAGCGAAUGGUUCUUUCGACUGUUUAAAAUAUGCACAUGAAAAUGGCUGUAAAUGGGAUGCAACAACAACAAAAAUAGCUGCACAGAAUGAUUAUAUUAAUAUUUUAAAAUAUGUACACGAUAAUGGAUGUCCUUGGGAUGGAGAUACAAUAGCUGCAGCAGCUAUGCAUGGUAAUAUCGAUUGCCUAAAAUAUGCUCAUAAACAUGGAUGUAGUUGGGUUGAAGGUACGACGAGAGGGGCCGCAGCAAAUGGACAUUUAGACUGCCUACAGUAUGUUUAUGAAAAUGGUUGUAAGUGGGACGAAGGAACAACAAGGGAAGCUGCUGCUAGUGGACAUAUUAAUUGUUUGAUAUAUGCACAUGAAAAUGGUUGUAAAUGGGAUAUAGGAACAAAGAGUGGAGCUGCUGCAAAUGGUCACUUAAACUGCCUAAAAUAUGUUCACAAAAAUAAGUGUCAAUGGGACGAGGGCACUACAAGAAUUGCUGCUGCAAAUGGUCAAUUUCGUUGUUUAAAAUAUGCCCAUGAAAAUCAUUGUCCAUGGAGUAGAGGCACCAUUUAUAAAGCUAUUCAAAAUGGUCAUUCUGAUAUAAUCUUAUAUGCUUCUGAAAAUGGCUGUCUUGAUUAGUUUUCUGUUGUAAUAUCUUUUUUUUUUAUAUCUACUCAUCUAAGUUGACUAUUUUUAUUAUAAUUUAAAUAAAUUGUCACAAGCUUCUAUACCUAAAUGAGAUUAUAUUGUUCUUAUAUAGUAUAGUAUAUUAAAAUAUUUUACCUCCUUAGGAAACACUUUAUUUGAAAAUAUA